AUGAAUUUUCAAUUUAACACAAAGAAAAAAAUCCAAAAAUGCAGAAACUUCGUCCAAAGUCUGAAUGCAAAAAUAUCUACAAAUAAAGAAAUAUUAAUAUGGUUUAAGGAACUAUGUGAAUAUUUUGUGAGCCUUAUAAAUUUAAUUGUUGAAAACAGACUUAAACUUAAGAAACAUCAAAUAGAGACAUUAUUAUUACAUCUUAAGCAGCUUUCAACUUUAUUAUCUUUGUUUAUAAACAUAUUUGUUAGGGAGUCAGAAGUAAAAUUAGUGUUAACAGAAGCCAGAAAUUGCACAAUUAAACAAUUAUUAUAUUGUUUGGAUGCUGUAGAAGACUCAUUAACAAAUGAUAAUAAAAAUGAAACCACAGCAAAUUUUAUUGAUUGGAUGGAUAAAUCAUUGGACAAAAUUGCAGAAAUGCAUGAAGCCAAUGGACAUGAAAUGCAGAUUUAUAAAGAAGCUAAAUUAGUAAUUGAAGAAGUUUUAUGUCAUGCCAUGUCAAUAGCCCAAGUUGCUCUUCCAGAAGAUUGUAAAAUGUUAAAGGGUAGUAGUCAAUCGGUUCUAAAUUCUAUGGAAUCUUUGAUAACAGAGAUACUUAAAUUUGAACCAAAUAAGGCGAUGGUAAAACUAUUUACUGACAAUUGUGUUGAUCGACUUUGUUCAUUGGAAACCAAAGUUAAUACAGCAGUACUCAGAUUAAGUUUACAUGUGUUUUCUGAUUAUACAUCCACUUUUGAUCAAAUACACAAGUUUUGUUUAAAACCUAAGAACAAAAAUCAAAUGGAUACACUGGACUUUUUGGUGGCCAAUUUUGAUUUACAUGUUGAUCGGUUAAUGCAAAUAGGAUUGUUUGCUGUUUCAGUUACAAGUCCCAAAGAAAGGAAAAUAAGCAUAAAAAGUUGUUUAGCAAGUUUAGAAGGCCUUGAAAGUGAAUUGGUGCCUGCUUUUACUACAGUCUUGUUGGAUUCAUCAAUUCACAACAUAAAUUUUACCUUAUUACUAAAAAACCAUUGGCUUCAAGAAGCAAAAUCCUUGCAACAAUUAAUAUUUUUAAUUAUUGAUCCUUUAGCCUUUUGUCAGGUUAUUUAUGAUGAAAACAAACAAAUAUUGGAACACAUAUCUGAAAUUGCAAAAAAUGGUAUCAAUAUGAAGGUAGUAGAGCCUUUUGUUAAAAAUGCAAAUGUUUUAAAAGAGUUUUUACCAAUAGCAAUUAAGGAGAGUGAAAAGGGAAAAAUUGAUUGUAAAGAAUUAAACAUUUCCUUUACAAAUUUUAAAAUAGUAUUCUAUGAGUUGAAAGCAGCAUGUAAGGUUUUUUUAACAGAAAACAAUUCUACAAACAUUGAAAUUCAAAAAAUUAUGAAAAGGUGCAAGAUAUUAAUGAGUUUAAUUAAAAACAUAAGAUCUCAUUUUGUUCAUCAAGACUUUAAAUUUAAAACAGAAAUCACUAGUUGCAGUGAUGAUGACAUUCCCAAAACUAACAAAUUUAUGGACCACCUAGUGAAUAGAGGAAGUGAAAUUAUUAAAAAUAGAAGUAUUUUAUACAAAAGCUCCAAUAAAAUCGACUUUUCAAACUCUGCAGCACAAAAGAUUCAAAUUUUAAAAGGACAAAAGAAUAAGUCUAUUCCCUUAAGUAAGUUGGUACAUCUAAAAAAGUUCAGCGUUUGGAACGCAAAAGAUAAUUUGAACAGUACUUUAGAUAGCCACAUAGAAAUAUCAAAUAUCUUGAAAGAUUUGACAAAUUUAUCGAACUCCUUAAUAAGUAAUAAGUGA